UCUAUAAGGCAACAUAAUCUCACGAAAAACAAUCAAUAUUUUUUCCGAAAUGCAUGGUUUCGAUGUGGCAAAUUUAGUUAAACGCGAAAAGGAUGAAAACGAUGAAUUCAGAGGAAACCUUAAAACAGAACCGCCUGAACACGAUGCACAAAGUAAUGAAUCCUCUCUACGUGAGGAAAAAGUCUGCAUAAUACAAGACGAAGCGAAAAACAGCGAACUGGUCAAAGUGAACGAUAAUGAAAAACCGGUCAAAUGCAUCGAUCACAAAAACUUCCAGACUUUAUCAAACAAUUCGAGUCCCAACACAGACAUGGUAGCAUAUCACGGUCUACAGCAAAUCAAUGGCGAAAUCUGUGCAAAAACAAAUCAGAAUCUUUUGAAAGAGACCGUUCAUACUGAAACCGCACAGAGCAGGGAGCAACACGCACAAGAAACGUCUUCCGACGAUUUGAUCCGACCCUACAAAUGCGACAUUUGCAAUAAACGUUACGUCCAUAAAAGGCAUCUUAACGUGCACGUCUGGAAACAUCGUAACGAACGCCCAUUCAGUUGCGAAAUCUGUGGCAGAAAGUUUGCUCUCAAACAAUGUGUUACCAAGCACAUGUUUGUUCAUACUAGAAACUUCGAUCACGUUUGCGAUGUGUGUGGCAAUGGAUUUACUUCACUUUCCUAUUUAAAAAGACACAAAAUCACUCAUACUCUGGACCGACCCCACAAAUGCACGGAAUGCAACAAAGCAUUUAGGCAUAAGAAUAAUCUUAAAAUACACAUGUUACUUCAUGCAAGCGAUCGUCCGUACCAGUGUGAUCUGUGUGGCAAAACAUUUGUGCAAAAGAUAUAUCUUAUCGAUCACAUCCGAGCACAUAACGGCGAACGGCCUUUUAAAUGCGAAGUUUGCGCUAAAGACUUCCGCUAUAACCAUGCACUUAAAUCACACAUGUCCUCUCAUACGGGAAUAUUCCUAUAUAGCUGUGAGGUGUGUGAUAAAGGCUUUAAUACCAGGGCUCAUUUGGAUAAACACAUGCUCAGUCAUGACAGUGAAGUGAAAACGACAAAGAACGAUGUGGAGGACGACAGUUCAAUGACUAGUUCCAUCCUGACCAUCGAUUCCGGAAAGUCAUACGAAUGUGAGCUUUGUGGCAAACGAUUCCUCCGCAAACACCACUGCAGCAAACACAUAAAAACAGAUCACGAAGGUCGGCGCUUCGGUUGCAAUGUCUGCGGCAAAACCUUCACCAAACGGUUUCAUCUAAACAGACAUAUGUUUGUUCAUACGGGUGAAUUUCCGUUGGCAUGCGAAGAGUGCGGCAAAGGAUUCACGUCUAAUUUUUCCUUGAAGGGACACAUGCGUAGUCAUACCGGUGAGCGACCGUACAAAUGUACUGUUUGUGGAAAAGGUUUCCCUAUGAAGAAUAAUUUAACUACGCACAUGUACACUCAUGCCACUGAACGUCCUUUCAAAUGUACCGUGUGCGACAAAGAUUUUACUCAAAAACAGAUCCUAGAAAGGCACAUGUUCACCCAUACGGGUGAUUUCCGGUUCAGGUGUGAAAUUUGUGGUAAAGGAUUUCCCGCCAAUUAUUUUCUACUGAAGCACAACAAGCGCGUGCACCCCGAAAAUGAAACAAUAAAUGAUAUAAAGCAAGAACUCACGGAGAACGGCGCAGAAUAGCGAAACACAACAGAGACAAACUUAUACAUUUAUUGUAAUUAAAUUUACUAAUGUUGAUUUAAUCGUAUAUCUAAUAAACGAGUAUUCAUCAUUAUUUUA